AUGUAUACCCUGGUGGUGUCAGCAGCGUCCAAGAGUGAGCGUGCGGUACCCUGUGACUCGGGCCAGUACACCAAGGAUGGGGAGUGCUGCCUUGAGUGUCCACCCGGCGAGGGCGUGGUCAGGCCGUGUGGUGCCAAGCAGACCGUGUGUGCACAGUGUCUCGAUAGUGAGACCUUCUCUGUGAACUACAGCCACACGGAGGAGUGCCUACCUUGCACCGAGUGCACGGGCCUGAUGCGAAUGGAGACACCGUGCACAGACUCCAACGACGCAACUUGCGUAUGCCGCUACAACUUCUACUUCGAUUCAUUGUCGGGACGUUGCGUGCCCUGCACGGUGUGCCCAGCCGGCGAGGGCGUGUUUGCCCACUGCGACCAUGAUCAUGACACGGUGUGUGAGGAAUGCGUGGACUUUACCUUCUCGGACCGUGACAGCUCGCUGGACCCCUGCUUGCCUUGUACCAUCUGCGAUGACGAGACCGAGAUCCAGCUGGCCCACUGCACGCCUGUCAGUGACUCAGUCUGCCACAAUCCCCUGCUGCCCACCUAUUUCCCGUCCAUGUCCACUGAGACAGACCCUACUUCGCCCACUUUCACCAACUACUUCCUCCCGGAAAGUUCCGAGGGCCCCGGUCCGGGCGACGAGACCACCACACCUGCUGCCGGCUCGCCACGCUUCUUGGGCCACGGCUUCAACGAGAACCUCAUCCCCAUUUACUGCUCCAUCCUGGCCGCCGUGGUGGUGGGCCUGGCGGCAUACAUCGCCUUUAAGAGGUGGAACAGCUGCAAGCAAAACAAACAAGCAGCUAACAACCGUGCUGCUGCUGCGGCGGCGGCAGCAGCAGCAGCAGCAGCUGCGACAACCAACCAGACGGUCACACCAGAGGGAGAGAAGCUGCACAGUGACAGCGGAAUCUCAGUGGAUAGUCAAAGUCUACAGGAACAGCAACAGCAGCAACAAGCACAGGCCGACGUACAGGCUCAGCCACCACAGUCACGCACACAGGAACAGAUAGUGGUGAGGGUAGACGGCGGUUCUGAGCCACUGAUGCCUCCUCCUGAAGUCUGA